AUGCGCGUAGGCAAGCUGGCACCGGGCGCCUUUCCACCGGAGGAGCAGGCCAAAGUCGACUUCAUGAAUGGGGACGCCACCCUCUGGGAGGACGACGCCACCAUCAUCUGCGGCGAGGUGAUCGUCCAGGAUAUGCAGGGCGCCACCAUGGCACACUUCACCGCCAUGUCGCCCUGGCUGAUGCGGCGCAUCAUGACCUGCUACCAGGAAGCAUAUCCGCUACGGCCCAAAGGCUUCCACGUCAUCAACAGCAAUCCUAGUCUCGAGAAAAUAUUCUCGUUUUUCGAGGGUUUCCUUAAAGAGAAGCUGAAGAAAAGGAUGUUCAUCCAUCCCAAUCUGGAGUCUCUUUAUAAGCACGUCCCCAAGAAGAUUUUGCCAGAGGAGUACGGAGGAGAAGCCGGACCUAUUGAAAAAUUGCAAAAUAUGUGGAAAGAGCGCAUUGAGAGGAAUGCGGCGUUCUUCAAGGAGGACGAGAAGUACGGGGUGGACGAGUCGAAGCGGCCCGGCAAACCGAAGACGCACACCGACCUGUUCGGCGUGGAGGGCUCCUUCCGGCAGCUCUCCGUGGACUGA